UGUUGGUUUUAACUUUCACCACCAUCUUUAGUAUCACUUCUGCUAAUUCUAACCAAGUGGAAACUUAUAUCGUCACCUUAAACUCUCCAAAUGGUAUCGAGUUUGCUACACCAGAAGACCGUGAAAGCUGGUACAAUUCCUUUUUGAUGGCAAGCAGUAGCGGUUCAUCUGUGAAACCAAGCAUAGUUCAUGCGUAUCAUAAUGUGUUUACUGGAUUUGCAGCCAAACUGUCGGCCGAACAAGUAAAAGCAAUGGAAAAUAUGGAUGGAUUUGUGUCUGCUAGACCUGAAAGGAUGUACAAGUUGCAUACAACACUUACUCCGAAAUUCUUGGGGUUGCACCAAAAUUUAGGAUUAUGGAGAGGAUCAAACUAUGGAAAGGGGAUCAUUAUCGGGGUCCUAGAUACUGGAAUCACACCGGGUCAUCCUUCUUUUAAUGACACAGGAGUGCCUCCUCCACCUGCAAAAUGGAAAGGCAAAUGUGAAGUUGCUGGAUGCAACAAUAAAUUGAUUGGCGCGAGAGAUUUUACAAAUACUGUUUCUGGUUCACCGCUUGACGAUGAGGGACAUGGGACCCACACUGCUAGUACGGCUGGUGGGAAUUUUGUCGACGGUGCAAAUGUAUUUGGCAAUGCCAAAGGUACUGCUGCUGGGAUGGCACCACUUGCCCACUUGGCUAUGUAUAAGGUAUGUGGUGACCUUGGUUGUUUAGAUAGUGCCAUCUUAGCUGCCAUGGAUGCCGCUAUUGAAGACGGAGUAGAUGUUCUUUCACUCUCUCUCGGUGGAGCUUCGGUCCCAUUUUAUGAGGAUGGUAUUGCAGUAGGUGCAUUUAGCGCUAUACAAAGAGGAAUUUCUGUGAGUUGUUCAGCUGCUAAUUCAGGGCCAGCUUAUUCGACAUUGUCAAAUGAGGCCCCAUGGAUUCUUACAGUCGGUGCUAGUACCGUUGAUAGAAACAUAAGAUCAACUGUAUAUCUUGGAAACAAGGACUUGCUAGAUGGAGAAUCUUUGUUCCAACCAAAAGAUUUUUCUAAAGACUUUUUGCCUCUUGUAUACCCAGGCUUGAACGGUGGUCAACAAGCAGCGUGGUGUGCAAAAGGAUCAUUAUCAGGUAUCGAUGUCAAAGGAAAAGUAGUAUUAUGUGAUAGAGGAGGUGACGUAGCAAGAAUUGACAAGGGACAGACGGUAAAAGAUGCCGGAGGAGCUGCUAUGAUUCUCACAAACCAAGAGGCAGAUGGCGUAAGUACAGAAGCUGAUGCUCAUGUGCUUCCUGCAUCACACGUAGGUUAUAAAGAUGGUGUUCUCAUCAAGACCUAUAUCAAUUCAACCUCGUCCCCUGUUGCUACCAUCAUAUUUAAAGGAACCGUAAUUGGUAUAGACUCAGCUCCCGAGGUGGCUUCUUUCUCAUCCAGAGGACCAAGCUUGGCAAGUCCAGGAAUUGUUAAGCCCGACAUUAUUGGCCCUGGAGUUAGCAUUCUUGCAGCUUGGCCUAUAUCUGUUGAAAACUCUACACAAACAAAAGCAACAUUUAACAUGAUUUCUGGUACUUCAAUGUCAUGCCCUCAUCUUGCAGGCAUAUCAGCAUUGUUGAAAAGCGAACAUCCUGAUUGGUCUCCAGCAGCUAUUAAGUCUGCGAUUAUGACCACAGCAGAUCAGAAGAACUUGAAUGGCCAGCCCAUCGAGGAUGAGAGAGAGCUCCCGGCAGACAUCUUUGCUAUUGGCUCUGGACAUGUCAACCCAUCGAAAGCUAAUGAUCCAGGACUCAUUUUUGACAUUCAAUCCAAUGACUACAUACCAUAUUUAUGCGGUCUAGGAUAUACAAGUAAACAAGUUAGUUCAAUCGUGCAGAAAAGAGUUACGUGCACAAAGACAAUACCCGAAGCACAAUUAAACUAUCCUUCUUUUGCUGUUACUUUAAGUGCUGGCGAUCAGAAAUCCUUCACAAGGACAGUGACUAAUGUUGGUGUAGCAAAUUCUACUUACACCGUAAAAGAUAUAUCUGUACCACUUGGUUUAACUUUAGGAGUUGGUCCCUCAGUGCUCAAAUUCACGGAAUUAAACCAAAAGUUGACAUACGAAGUGGUAUUCGUACGAGACAGUAAGGUUGAUGUAACAACUUCAUACGGAGAAGGAUCAAUAACGUGGGGUUCUAAUAAUUACUUAGUGAGAACCCCAUUCUCUAUCAAGUUUGUUUGAAGGGAACUAUCAAAGUGUACCUUCAACAUAUCUAUAGUUUCUAAUAUUGUUCUAUAUGUGGCUUGUUUUCAUUGACGAAGAAUAUGGUUGCUCAUUAUUCAAUAAUACCUGUUCUGUUUUGUGGGCGUAUCAUUCCAAAUGCAUCUGUGCAC